CUCCUAUCCGAUGCCAACCACUAAACUGCCGGCCCACCCUGGUCACCUCCCACCACUUGUUGCGACCCAAUGCUGCUAACAACUUGGGCAGAAUGAGGCCAUUGCCGUGCGUUCUUGAUUACUUGCAUUCUUGCAACACUUUUUUGUGAUAUUUUGCUUCCUUUUGCGCUGCGCGCUGGCGUUUGCAGGGUGUAAGACGAGACAUUUUGCACGCGCCGACCUAUCCCUCCCUUCCGGGUCCUUGCCCUGCCACCAUCGGAUUGUUGUUUUAUUGGGUUCGGCUUCCGGUUUCUCUCUGUGACGACUGCCUAGAAACCACGAUCCCCCCGCCUGCAAGUUGCGCUUCAACCUCGACGACAAAACACGGCGCAACAAUUCGUCAUCUAAAUGUUUCCGUCGCCGGCAGCGCAGCCGUGUGAUUAUAUCCUGCGCGCACCAAAAUAAAAAUGUCUUCGUCCCACAGGCCUCACCCGCUGCGGCAGGCCCAAACCGCCGACUAUGCCGUCUUCCGACAGCCUUCAACAGCAUCUUCAUCGGCAUCCUCAGGUUAUUCCAACGCCUCAUCCGGAACCUACGAGUUCGGUCGAUCCUCCAUUUCAUCCGCGUCAUCCAGCACCUACUCCAACCAUGGGCACAAGCGCGGCCAAAGUGAAGUCACCCGCCGACCUCCCCCACUUCAUUCUUCGCAAAGCCACCCCUCGACACCGAUGUCAGAAAACAUCUACCAUGCCGCCCGGCAAUCCCUCCGGCCGCUGCCUCAAGUGCCACGCCCGACGACACCAGACCGCGCUCCUGCCCGCCAUGACCGCGGCCACAGUGUUGACAUCGGGAAGUUGUCGAUUGUUGACCAUGGUUCGACAUCACCAACCUCCCCAACUCCGCCUACGCCACCCCACCGAUCACCUACGGCUCGUCCGACCUCGAUGCUCUUGACGCGCUCCGACUCGCCACCUACCGCUCGCCCAACCUCGAUGCUCUUAACCCCGACCCCCCCUCUUCCGCCGGCUCUCCUUCACGCCCACACGGCCCCUCUUUCUACGCCAGACCUUGAGAGAUUGGGCCGCUCCUCAACGAACCAGUUGCGCACCUUGUCAAGGCUGGCGCAAUCCAGUUCUGCUGAUGAGUUUGCUAUCACUUCCCCAGCGCAGGAGGUCGUCGGUCUCAAGGGGCGGCGGAGGCUUCAAAGGGCUGACAAGGCCGGGAACAGUCGCCCAGCGCAACGGACAGGUGGCUAUGGUUGGGAAGGUAGGAACUGGAUGGAUAAGCAGCGCCAGUUUCUCCAAGCGUACGAGUAUCUUUGCCACAUCGGUGAGGCCAAAGAGUGGAUUGAGGACGUUAUUCAGCGCGCGAUCCCGCCCAUCGUUGAGCUAGAAGAGGCGCUGAGGGACGGUGUCACUCUUGCCGAGGUGGUCGAAUCACUGAAUCCUCAGCGCCGUUUCAAGAUCUUCCACCAUCCUCGGCUUCAAUAUCGACAUUCGGACAAUAUCGCCAUAUUCUUCCGUUAUUUGGAUGAAGUCGAACUCCCGGACCUAUUUCGAUUCGAGCUUAUUGACUUGUACGAGAAGAAGAACAUCCCGAAGGUCAUCCACUGCAUCCAUGCGUUGAGUUGGCUGCUCUACCGGAAAGGCAUAGUAAGCUUCCGGAUCGGCAACCUCGUUGGGCAGCUGGAAUUCGAACACCAUGAACUGGAGGCUAUGCAGAAGGGUCUUGAUAAGCUCGGAGCCAGCAUGCCCAGCUUCGGCAACAUGGGAGCCGACUUCGGCGUUGAAGAACCACCGGAGCCUGAAGAAACCGAGGAGGAGAGAAUCGACAGAGAGCUGGCCGAGAAUGAAGCUGCGGUGGCCGACUUACAGGCCCAAAUCCGCGGCGCCGUUCUUCGGAUACAACUCGGCGAGGUAAUGCAAAACCUCUGGGAUUCUGAGGAUUGGCUGGUCGACCUCCAGGCGCGCAUCAGGGGCGACUUCACCCGCCAAAUUAUGGACUAUCGGCUCCAAAUGAAGCGUUUCGCCACCAGACUUCAAAGCGCCGCCCGCGGUUUCCUCGUCCGCAGUCGCCAGGCAGGAACAGAGCAGGUGUGGAAAAGUGUUGAAGGGGACAUCCUGAAGCUCCAGAGCCUGGUGCGGGCAAGCAAAGCCCGCAAUGAAGUACGGGAUCAACAUUCUGAGUUGGCCGUUGCCGCAGGCCCCAUCCGGGACAUUCAAGCAACCCUCCGGGGCUUCUUGCUUCGGAAGGAGAUGGUGGCCCAGGAGCAGGAGGUGAAGCACACAACCGCCCCCGUUGCUGGGCUUCAAGCCGCCGUCCGCGGACGCCUUCUCAGGCAGAAGCUGGAAGUGGAACAGAUGGAACUGCAGUCACAGACCGGCGUCAUCGCCAGUCUGCAGGCCGCUGCCAGGGCCGCAUUAACCAGGGGUCAAAUCGCUUCGGAACGUGAAGCCCUUGAAGACUUGACACCGAUGUGGGAGACGUUGCAAGCCGCCGGCCGUGGACACCUCGCAAGGCGCGACGUUGACGGGGUCAACGCGGAAUUGCAACAACACUCUCCCACUCUCGGCCUCCUCCAAUCGCACAGCAGAGCAGCUGCGGUGCGCAGGGAGAUAUCCGAGGUGCUCGAGGGUCUGGGCGAUGCCGAGGACGAAAUUUUGGUUCUGCAAUCCACCAUCAGGGGUAUGCUGGAACGGAACCGGGUGUCCGACCUUCUCGAAGCCUUGGACCAGGAAGAAGAUUCGGUUACUCAACUGCAGUCCAAUAUCCGCGGCGUUCUAUGCCGGCAGCAGAACAACAUCUUGCUUGAUGAACUUGAAGAAACCGACGAAGAAGUUUCCGCCUUACAGUCUCUCGCGAGGGCUAUGCUUCUUCGAGACAACGUCGCCAGGGUCCUAGACGAGCUUGAGGAAAACGAAGAAUCCGUCGGAGAGAUUCAGUCCGCUGCCAAGGCCUUCAUAGUUCGGGCAAAAUUCGAGGAGAAGAAGCGGCAUUACGACGAAAACAUGCAAAAGGUGGUGAAAAUUCAGAGCUUCGUUCGUGCGAAGCUUCAGGGUGAGGCUUACAAGAGCCUUACCUCUGGCAAAAACCCGCCGGUCAACGCUGUCAAGAACUUCGUGCAUCUCCUCAACGACAGUGAUUUUGACUUUAACGAGGAGGUCGAGUUCGAGCGGAUGCGCAAAACGGUGGUCCAACAGGUCCGGCAGAACGAGAUGCUGGAACAAUACAUCGACCAAUUGGACAUCAAGAUUGCUCUUCUCGUGAAGAACAAGAUCACCCUCGACGAGGUCGUCAGGCACCAGAGCAACUUUGGUGGACAUGCCAGCAACAUCCUCGCCAACAGUUCCAUGGCCAGUGUCAACCAAUUCGAUCUUAAGGCGUUGAACAAGGGUUCCAGGAAGAAGCUCGAAUCCUACCAGCAGCUCUUUUUCGCCCUCCAGACGCAACCCCAAUACCUGGCCAGGCUCUUCAAGCGUCUGCGCGAGCAGGGGACUGCCGAGAAGGAGUGCAAGCGGGUCGAGCACCUUAUGAUGGGCCUCUUCGGCUACGCGCAGAAGCGACGAGAAGAAUACUAUCUUUUGAAGCUCAUCGGGCGGUCCAUCCGGGAGGAAGUCGAUGCUUGCAAGACCCUCCAAGACUAUCUCCGAGGCAACUUCUUCUGGUCUAGGUUGCUCCACAACUACACGAGAUCUCCACGGGACAGGAAAUAUCUGAGGGAUCUGCUCGGGCCUCUGAUCAGGGACAAUAUCAUCGAAGACCCUGAGCUCGACCUAGAGAGUGACCCCAUGCAGAUUUACCGGUCGGCCAUCAAUAACGAGGAGCUGAGGACCGGUCGGCCCAGCAGCCGCCCACUAGAUAUCCCCCGUGAGCUCGCCAUCAAGGACCCGGAAACGAAGGCACUAUUUAUCGAUCAUCUGCGCGACCUCCGGGAGAUCUGCGACCAGUUCCUCGCCGCGCUCGAAGAUUUGCUUCCGCGCAUGCCCUACGGUCUGCGGUUCUUGUGCCGGCAAGCUUUUGAGGCUCUCUGCCAGCGGUUCCAGCGGGAGCCUCAGGAUCGACUACUGCAAAUCAUCACCAACUGGCUGUGGAAGUUCUACCUCCAGCCGGCCGUGACCACACCUGAGAACGUCGGCGUGAUGGACAAACAGCUGAGCCCGCUCCAAAAGCGCAACCUGGGGGAAGUCGCCAAAGUCCUCGGCCAGAUCACAUCCGGCAGGCAAUUUGGGGGUGACAACAUCUACCUUCAACCUCUCAAUGCUUUCGUCGCAGACGCCAUUGAACGCCUGGCCGAGCUGACACAGAACCUCAUCACUGUGCCCGACGCCGAAAGCACUUUCGACAUCGACGAGUUCAACGACCUGUAUGCCAAGAACAAACCCACUUUGUACAUCAAGUUGACCGACAUCUUUGCCGUCCACAACCUCAUCGCCGCUGAGCUACAGCAUUUGAGCCCUAGUAGGGAUGACAUGCUACGCGAAAUCAUGCAGGAUCUCGGUAGCGCAAAGCACAACGAGAGCGAGAUGACUGCGGCAGGUUCGGCAGAUAUCCAGAUGUUCUUGACCCCCAAGCUACACGAUGUCGAAGACCCAGAUGCCAACAUCAAGACACUCUUCAUGGAGACGAAGCGAUGCAUUCUGUACAUUAUUCGUGUGCAGACUGGCGCAAACCUCCUGGAGAUCAUGGUCAAGCCCAUCUCGGCCGAGGAUGAUCACAAGUGGGCGAUGCUGCUACGCGAUGACUUCUCUGGUGGCUCGAACACGCGGGGCGCUUACUCGGACGCUAACAUGGUCGAUGUGACCCGUAUGUCCUACUACGACCUAAAGAGGAUAGCCCUGGAGAACAUCUUGCGGCUCGAGCAGAUGGGCCGCAUCUCGCGCCACAAUCACUACCAGGAUGUGCUCAACGCCAUCGCCGUCGAUAUCCGAACCAAGAGCCGGCGUAGGGUGCAGCGACAGCGGGAACUCGAGGGCGUCCGCCUGACGCUAGGCAACCUACACGACAAGGCCAAGUAUCUCGAGCAGCAGCGAAGGAGCUACGACGACUACAUCGAGCAGGCGAUGGCCACGCUCCAAAACAAGAAAGGCAAAAAACGCUUCCUCCUCCCCUUCACGAAACAGUACAACCACCAACGCGAGCUCGAGCGGUCGGGCCGCGUGCCCAAGUUCGGCUCGUACAAGUACAGCGCGCGGGCGCUGUCGGACAAAGGCGUCGUCGUGUCGUGGCAGGGCAUCCCCGAGCGCGACUGGGGCCAGAUCAACCUGACCAUCUCGUGCGACGAGGUCGGCGUCUUCAGCAUCGAGGGCAGCCGCGGCCACAUCCAGAUGCCCGGCGCCAGCGCGCUCGUGCCCAUCGAGGACCUGCUCCAGGCCCAGUUCGAGGCCCACCAGUUUAUGAACCUGUUCGAGGGCGGCCUGAAGCUGAAUGUCAACCUGCUGUUGCACUUGCUGUAUAAGAAGUUCUAUCGGACGCAGUAAGCGGGCCGAGGGGGGGUUUGGGGGGUUUGUUCUAGCGGGGACAGAAAGAGGAGGAGGAGGCAAUUCUUUCGUGUUGUCGGGGUUAGAUAGAUUUUCUCUUUUCUUCUUCGUUUUGAGUUCUUCUCUGAUGGAUGGAUGGCAAGUCUGUCUGCUGAGGGAGGGUUUGGGGCGGUGGAUUUCUUUCGCUUCUUGGUUUGUUUUGUGGCAGAUCAAGAGAAAUAGUAACAAGAGCGAGGCGCGAGGGUAUGGUAGGGGCUUGGGUCUGUUUUUGCUGUGCGAGGUUGGCGGGUCUGUUGGCGGGUGGAGGAAUGGGCGGGGAUGAGAGAUGAUGGGUGGAUGAUGGAGGAC